AUGGCUUCAGAUAUCGCAAAGCCACAGCUUGAAGUUGAAAGCAAGACCCCCGUCUCCGGGGGUCCAUCUCUCCCUAGCAUCCGAAAGAGCCACGACAGUGUUGAGAAUGGCGAAAUCUACCAUUCGACUGAUGACCACCGACUGGAACAGAUCGGAUACAAGCAGGAGUUUCAUAGGGAGUUCACGCGAUUGUCGACUCUUUCUUAUGCAGUCUCCAUCAUGGGUGUCCUUGGAAGUGUGCCUGGCACUUGGUCGUCUCCACUUGCUGCUGGUGGACCUGCGACGGCUGUUUGGUGUUGGUUCUCGGGCUCCAUUUUCUCUCUAUGCAUUGCCCUAUCCGUUGCCGAGCUUGUAUCCGCCUAUCCGACGUCCGGUGGUAUGUACUUUGUGACGAAGAACGUUUUCCCCGAGAGAUAUGUGCCGUUGGCCGCUUGGGUGAUUGGAUGGUCUAAUUUUCUUGGCCAAACAGCAGGUGUUGCCAGUGUCGAUUACACAGUUGCUCAGAUGGUAAAGCCAGUUAUACUGGCAGCCGUCUCAAUGGGGUCAGUAGGAGAAGAUGGAAUACCUACAUAUGUGCCGUACCUCGGCGAGUACAACUGUGGCGUGAACCUCAUCGCCUCCGUGGCUAUUUCUAUUGCCAUCCUCGUGCUCACUCCAAACAAGUUGCCUGCCAGCAAAGUGUUUGGGACCAUUACUGAUGGGUCAGGCUGGAACAACAAGGGCCUAUCCUUCCUAAUCGGAUAUCUCUCAGUUGCGUGGACCAUGACAGACUACGAUGCAACAGCCCAUAUGAGCGAAGAGUUGAAAAACGCCGCUAUGAGUGGCCCCGUUGCCAUCUUCCAAGCAGUCUUAUUUACCUGGGUUUUUGGAUUUCUGUUGAACAUCGCUCUUGGAUUCUGCGCUGGCAAUGUUGCAGAUAUUCUUGCGUCACCCAUGGGAAAUCCUGCUGCGCAGGUCUUCUUCAAUGCUGCUGGCCGGAGCGGAGGAUUGGCGAUGUGGAUAUGGCCGAUUAUCGUGCAGUUUUUUACCGGCAUCACUGCUAUGCUGUCAGAUACAAGAACUGCUUAUGCCCUAGCAAGGGACGGCGCUCUGCCAUUGUCGGGUGUCUUCCGCCAGGUAAACGGCACCACGCACACUCCCUUAUACUCCGUCUGGAUCGUCGUAUUCUUCUGCUGCUGCCUCAACCUGAUCGCUCUCGGCUCCACGGAGACAAUUGACGGAAUCUUCGACGUUACCUCUCCAGCAAUGGACUUAUCAUACAUCACCGUCAUUGCCGCACGCCAGUUUUUCAAGCACGAAUCGCCCAUCGCCAAAGGACCAUUUGACCUGGGAAAGUGGCGGAAACCUAUCAACUAUAUCGCCAUUGUCUGGACCAUCUUUGUUAGUAUCUUCCUGUUCUUCCCGCCCUCAUACCCUGUUACGCCCGAGAAUAUGAACUAUGCGAUUGUCAUCGCCGGGUUUAUUGCGCUUUUGUCGUUUACCUGGUGGUAUGCCGAGGCGAGGAAGUCAUACAUAGGGCCGAGAACGCAGUCCUAA